AAGGGAGAGGAAUCAGGCUGGCAAGCAGAAUUCAUCGCCUGCUAUUUCGUCAAGAACUCCGGCGCCGAUGUCUCUCACGUCAUCGCAGCUAUCGCUCGUAUGCUGAAUAUCGACGAGACGGACAUCGCCACCCGGCAGCGGAUUGCGGAGAGGGUGCAGCCUUUCGCUGAUACUGUACUUGUCAAACGUACGUUGCGGAUAGAUGUUGGCGGCAAAGAACAGGUCACUCUCGGCCCAUCAACGAGGAAUGGAAUCAGUACGGAUGUGGUGCCUUUGCACUUUGAUCCGAUGAGGACUGGACCAAUGAUUUCCGCACCGGUUGAUUUAGACACUGCUCCCAAUCUCGCCGGCCGCACGCUCUGCUGCCCUCCCACCGGCUACCUCCUCCUCUCGGACAUCGACGACACCAUCAAAACCACCCUCACACCUUCACCUAUGGGAAUCAUCCAUUCCACCUUCAUCACCUCCACUCCUCUCCCAAUCCCCAACAUGCCAGACCUCUACUCCUCCCUCUCCACCCUCCUCUCCUCUCCACCAUUCUUCUACCUCUCCGCAUCUCCGUACCCUCUCUAUCCCUUCCUCCGCCCAUUCCUAUCAACACACUACCCACCCGGCACAAUCCUCCUCCGAGACGCAAGCUGGCAAAACCUCGGCGGCCUGAUUGCCAGCUUGACACGAGGCGUCGAAGCGUACAAAAUUUCACAAAUGCGUAAAGUCCACAGCUGGUUCCCAAAGCGGAAAGUCGUGUGUAUCGGUGACUCUACGCAGAGAGAUGUGGAGAGUUACUGUGCGGUAGCGAGGCAGUUUCCCGGUUGGGUUGGAGCGGUGUUCAUUCGCAGGGUGGUGGGUGUGGAGGGAAUGGAUGAGGAAGAGAAGAAUUCGCCGAAGCGGUUUGAGAGGGCUUUUAGGGGUUUG